AUGAAAGCCGACGUCUUGAUCCUGAUUCUUUUCUACUUAAGCCACAACUCCGCAUCUUCUCCACGUUCAACCGAGAAUUGUGGACUUGUUACAACAACGCCAGGCUCUGUGAUAAGCGAACGCAUUUUGAACGGCACAAACGCGACUCCUGGAGCUUGGCCAUGGAUGGUUGAAAUUUUAGGUGCAAGCGGACACCGCUGCGGUGGAGCGCUGAUAAGCUCCCAACAUGUGUUGACAUCUGCUCACUGUCUGACCGAAACACCCGAGAAAUACAUUACAGUUUUGCUCGGCAGCUAUUCGAGCCAGCAAGCAGAGAAAGAAGGACUGAAGGAAGAAAUUGAAACCAUCUGCAUAUACCCUCAAUAUGAAAAGGACAUACAUGAGACUGACAUUGCCAUCAUAACACUGAAAAGACAUGUGAAUUGUUCAGAGACACUUAAAACAGUUUGUCUGCCCGACAUCAAUGACAAUCCAGAUAGUGAGGUUCCCAUGUAUGUUGCUGGAUGGGGACACACUGAACCGAUGAUGUGGAAUAACCAGUCUUUGUCUGAAAAUAUGGACGAGUCACAUGCCAAAGAAGAUUUGUUGAUAGCAACCUUCGGCUCCGAGAAAAAAUCCCAAGAAGUAACUGAAGACACAACCGAGUAUUAUGACUACUAUGGUGCGGCACCAGUGCCCCAAUUCAAAAAUACAAAUCCUGAUAUACUCCAAGAAGCCCGGGUUCAGUUAAUCCCAAAUGAGGAAUGCGAUAAGCUGUAUAACUACUCGUCACCUCAUGCAAAUAUCGUUUGCGCUAUGCACGACUUUGGAUCUGUAUGCAUGGGCGACAGUGGAGGCCCGUUGGUGUUCAAGGCACAGGAUGGCCGCUGGACCUUGAUGGGACUAAUAACCGCUACUGAAUGGCCAUGCAACGUCACCCAUCUCCCAAUGUACUUUGUUAGAACUAAGCCCUUCGUGGACAACUUCAUCUUUCCGUGCGUUCAAGAUCCUAGUAAAUGUACAUGUAAGGCAGCAAACAAUACAGAAUCCUUCACCUAUAUUUAA